ACGCCGCCCUGGUGUUUUUGUGUUCCCUGCUCUAGGGAAAAGCCACCCGCUUGCUUUACCUGGUGGUCCUUUAUCUUCGGGCCGGGAGAUAUCCAGGUCCCUCUCUGAACGUUUGGCCACACAGUGCGGCGACGGGCGCGUGGGAACUGACGCGGGUGGAGCGAUUGUGAUAAGGUUGACAUUGACCGGGGGUGGCCAGACGCGAGACGCAGUCACCAGCGCGCGCAGCAGGCCCCGUCCGGGGAGCCCCCAAACCUGAGGUCCAUCAUGAAGUUCCAGUAUAAAGAGGACCAUCCCUUCGAGUAUCGGAAAAAGGAAGGUGAAAAGAUUCGGAAGAAAUACCCGGACCGGGUGCCGGUCAUCGUGGAGAAGGCUCCUAAAGCCAGGGUCCCUGAUCUGGACAAGAGGAAGUACCUUGUCCCCUCUGACCUCACCGUUGGCCAGUUCUACUUCUUAAUCCGGAAGAGAAUCCACCUGAGACCUGAGGACGCCUUAUUCUUCUUUGUCAACAACACUAUCCCUCCCACGAGUGCUACCAUGGGCCAGCUGUAUGAGGACAACCACGAGGAAGACUAUUUUCUGUAUGUGGCCUACAGUGAUGAAAGUGUCUAUGGGAAAUGAGGCCGAAGCCCAGCAGAUGGGAGCACCUGGACUUGGGGGUAGGGGUGGGGUGCGCAUGGGACUUGGGGAACCAGAGGGAGGAGGGCUCCCAACCAUGGAGGAGACGCAAGGUGAAGACAUCGGAAAACAUCACACCGCACACACUGUCGUCUUUCUUUCACAAGCUCAGUUGUUAGUUUUCUCUGCUUCCUCAGCCCAGGAAGCACUCGUGUCGGCUUGGCUGUGAGAGCAGGAUGGGGAUGGCGCUGCUCACGGCUUUGCCAUGGAUUUUGGUGCAGUUUCAGCAGAUGGUUGUGAGGAGGGCAGGUGGCCACUAGAGAAUGCAGCUCAGCAGCGACUCCUGUCUUUUUGGGCAGAUGUUUGGUUUUUGGCAUUUGCACAAAGCCACAUAGGGAAAGGGGGAAAAUGCUUUAGGAGCUGUAGGGGACCAUACCUAAGAGACCAAAAAAUACCUACUGUCGUUGAAGCAUUGUGACCCCUGACCUCUGUCUCUUAAUCCCUCCCUCUCCUGGUCCUUUUCUUCCACACAGGUGUCACAGCACUGCCCCUGUGGACAUCUGCACCAAUGUUUAGAUGGAGUCUUCUUGGGAAAUAGGAUUUGCGGGGAUGUGGUUAUGAUUGCCAGUAGUUUGGAUGGCGUUAAACUGGAGUUCAGGGUUGAGCAUCUCUCCUCUUCAUCCCUUAAGUACCUUAGAAUUUCAUGAGCCUCAGGAUCAGUCCUCUAGCAUUUCCUUCAGCUUUGUCGUGUACAGGGACAGAGUGUCUCCAUACGGAGUGUCCGGGUUACAAGGUAAGCUAGAUUACACACCUGCCACCAAUCCUCCCCCUGCUGUAGGCUCUGGAGUCUCACCCGCACUGGAAUGCUAAGGGAUUGGCCAGCUGUUUUCCCUUCAUGCCAUCUGCUCUUCAGAAAAGAUGGAGCGAGGACUCCAGCGUUUCAUGGGGAUUUUACUCAUCAGUUUCAUUUAGGGGCUAUGUGGGGAGCGGGUGGGAGCAGGAACCGCAUUCACACAUGACAUUUCAGUUCAUCUCUACAAAUGAAGAGCGUCCUCUCUGUUGGGAGCAGUCUGUAUGUCUGCUCUAUCAGCUGCAGGUUCUGAUACUUUGAAGUCAAUGAUGUCAGGCCAGGGAAAUAAAAUAAUUGCUUACCUUAAAAAUC